CUGGGUUGGGCAAAGUGAGGAUAGAGGAAGCAGUGGCUUAAAGAGCGGGGCGACGCCUUGGACUUCUGCAGCGAGUGCGUGCUGCUGCAGAUCGGUGCCCGCCAAGCCGCGCCAAGAUGGCCGGGGGUGCGCUUCCAUUGGCGAGGACAACAGACUACAAGCAGUACGAGGGACAUUUAACCUUAUAUGUGGUGCUCGCGACGAUCGUGGCUGGGAUGGGAGGCCUGCUGUUUGGGUAUGAUGUGGGUAUCACUGGGGGAGUCACAAGCAUGGACAGCUUCCUGAAGCGUUUCUUCCCUCACGUGGCAGCCCAGGAAGAGGCCGGCAGUAGUAGUGGAGGCGAUGCCUACUGCACUUACAGUGAUGUUGGCCUCCAGCUCUUCACCUCCUCCCUGUUCCUGGCUGCAGCCUUUGCUGGCCUUGCAGGCUCCUUCACCACAAGGAAGUUUGGGCGCAUCAAGACUAUGCUGAUUGGAGGCAUCUGCUUCAUGAUCGGCGCCGUUCUGACCGCCUCAGCCUUCGAGCUUGGCCAGCUCGUGGUUGGUCGCGUUGUCCUCGGCUUCGGCGUUGGUCUGGCGACCCAGUCUGUACCGGUGUACCUCUCCGAGAUGGCGCCUGUGAACGUGCGCGGGCAGCUCAACAUCAUGUUCCAGCUGUCCAUCACCAUCGGCAUCCUGGUCGCCCAGUUGAUCAACCUUGGCACGCAAUACAUGCCUGGCGACAGUGGCUGGCGCCUCUCCCUGGCGCUGGCAAUCGUCCCAGCCAUCAUUCUGACCCUGGGCGGCAUCUUCCUGCCCGAGACCCCCAACUCUCUGCUGGAGCGCGGCCACGACGCCCGCGCGCGCGCCAUCCUCGUCAAGAUCCGCGGGACCGAGAACGUGGACAACGAGUUUGAUGACAUCAAAAUCGCCGCGCAGAUCGCCACGCAGGUCAAGACUCCCUGGAGGAACCUGUGCAAGAAGGACUACCGCCCCGAGCUGGUCAUCGCCUUCUUCAUCCCCUUCCUCCAGCAGUGGACUGGCAUCAACAGUAUCAUGUUCUACGCACCCAUCAUCUUCAAGACCAUCAACAAGAAUGGAGCUCUGCUGGCCACCGUCAUCACUGGCGCUGUCAACGUCGGCACCACCUUCGUCUCUGUCGCGCUCGUGGACAAGAUCGGCCGCAAGCCCUUGUUCUACCAAGGUGGAGCGCAGAUGAUUGCUGCCGAGAUCACCAUGGGCGUGCUCCUGCACCAGUACUUUGGAGGCAAGGUGGGCGACACCGUGCCAUACGGCGUCGGUGUCGGCAUCAUCGCCGUCGUCUGCAUCUUUGUGGCUGGCUUUGCCUGGUCCUGGGGCCCCCUGGCCUGGCUGGUGCCCUCCGAGGUCCUCUCCCUGGAGACCCGCUCGGCCGGCUAUGCUCUCACCACCUUCAUGAACUUCCUGAUGACCUUUGUGGUGGGCCAGAGCUUCCUGUCCAUGCUGUGCUCCAUGCGGUGGGGCAUCUUCCUCUUCUUCGCCGCCUGGGUGGUUGUCAUGUCCCUCUUCAUCAUCCUGCUCACCCCUGAGACCAAGGGCAUCCCCCUGGAGGAGAUGCACCUGGUGUGGAAGGGCCACUGGGCCUGGAAGAAGUGGGCGGCCGACAAGGAGCGGCGCCAGCUAGCCAUCGCCAACCAGCCCGGCACCGUGGAGUUCGAGGAGUACAAGGUCACCCAGGAGCACGCCGCAGCCGCCAAUGGUGUCAGCAACGACGCCAAGCUGGCCUGAUAGCCGCCACCUGGCGCCCUCGCAUCAGCCCUGCAUGCCACAGACCAGAUUUGAAGCCGUCACUGGAUACGAAGCUUCGCUGCCGACAGCGCUGCGCUGCAUCUGCACCUGAGGGUGCAUGGAAUGAUCGGAUGGGUUGUUGCAGCGGUGUUGGCUGCAGCUGAAUGCCACACCCCGCAAUCGAGUGAGACGGCCGAGCAGGAAACAUGCUUGACAAGCAGAGAAACAAGUCGUUGUUUUCAAGACAUCAGAUAUUUUAUGGCCAGCAAUACACAGGGGAAGGAAGUGCCGCCCCUUGCCAGCUAUUGAUACCAUAGCCGAACGCAGCUGUCUCUUUCCCAGCUUCAAAAGUAAAGGGCCCCUUCAUUGUUGUGGAUUGCAGCCCCUGGGCUGCUCAUUUGUUUUCGGUGUGUUUGCAGCCUGUGUGCUGAUUCGCCUCUUGCUGUGAUUCUCGGACCCGCCCAGGCUUUUUGAGCUCCCAGGUGUACAGUUGCAGGGCCUUUGGCCAUAAAGAGCAGAUACCAUGCUGAAAAGUAUGCGCUGGCUGUUCUGUGGAAAAAGAGUCGCGCAGCUGCCACCCACCUGCCUCUGGGGUUUUGCAUUUGAUUGUGUUUUUAUAAUGCGUGCGUAAAUGUGAGCCUGAACUAGUCAGAUUGCUUCAAGUCGAGUGUGCAGUGCAAAUGUGCGCCCUGCCAAAGCCACCCAGGACCUGCAGCUCAUCAGUAGGAGGAUCUGAGAUCUCAUUGAUUGCCCUGUGCAAAUGUGCCUCUUGAGUAGAAUGACCUCGCAAACUGUAUAACUUUGGUGGCACCACUCUGCAGAGGUUUCGCCAGCAUUGGCGCAAUUCCCCUUGUGCAGAUGAGCCUGACCAGAAGUGUCCGUUCCAUUGAGUACCACUAACAGUGGUGCUGCUGCUCUGUGAAGUAGUUAGCUACCAUAAUCUCCUUGGCUGUGAGAAUAUGUGAAGCUCCCCUGAAGCUUAAGGCUAUAUAAAGAACAGCAGCUUAGCCAGAUGUGCAGGCGCCACCAGUGUUACUACGGGUGACUUCAUUGGGUGAGAUGAGAGGUCCUGCUGACAGUUUCUAUGGAGGAAGGUUGUGCUUGCAAGUUUGCAGUCAUGUGCAUAUGUGAGUGCUUUCAUUGUGGGCACACUUUUCUGCCAGAGUGGUUGUUUGUAAAUAUGUUCAUAUAC